CGCCAUUUGGGCGCCAAUGGAUCAAUUACGCUUCAUGGUAAACAUAAAGAUUCCGUCCCUCAAGAGAGCUGUUUUUGACACUGGUUGAAACGUUUGACCAUGGCUCAGAGUGAUAGGAAUCCGCAGUCUGAGGACUUUCCCCAUGCAGCGACUGAGAACCUUGAAAUUAUAAUCGUCGGAGCCUCCCUAGGCGGCUUAGCAACCGCUCUUGCUCUCAAACGCCUGCCGCCUCCCCACGCGCACACGAUCACCCUUCUUGAGCGCAACCCUACACCCCUUCUUCAUAACCAAGGUGCCGGCAUUGUUGCAGGUGGGGAUACGCUUGCCUUCUUCAAGCGCUAUGACAAAUGUGGACGAGAUCUUGCUGCAGGUUCUAUCAGACGACAGUACCUGGACAAAGAUGGAGACAUCAUACACAAGGAGGAUAUGCGUCAAAACAUGACAAGCUGGGACUUGGUAUACCAUAUCCUCAGAGCGAAUGUUGAUGGUGUGAAGAGUGACUACUGUGACGUACCCGAGGAAGAUUCCAGGGAGGCCAAGGUUACCCACCUGCAUGGACACAAGGUCACUAGCGUGGAAGAGAAAGGAGACAGGGUGACGGUCAGAUGUGAGACAAAUGAGGGGAAGGAGAGGGAUAUGGUAGCUGAUUUGGUCAUCGGUGCCGACGGGCCAAGCUCGACGAUCCGGUCUAUUCUCACGCCGGAUGUUGAGCGCACGUAUGCAGGCUAUGUCGCUUUACGAGGCACCGUACCAGAAGGUGAAGUCAGCCCAAAGACACGCGAAGCAUUUAGUGAACGCUUCACAUUCUUCCACGCCAAGGGAGUUCAGAUUCUCGCCUAUCUGAUUCCUGGAAAGAACGGCACACUAAAACCUGGCCAACGUCUCAUCAAUUUCGUGUACUACACUAACCUCCCAUCGCCCUCCCUAAUCAACCCGUCGCCCGAGUUCCGCGAACUGAUGACCGACGUCGACGGUCAAUACCAUCGCAUCACAAUGCCUCCGGGUAAAACCGAUCCGAAAGCAUGGGAAAAGCAACGUCAGAUUGCGAAAGAGAAGCUACCACCACAGUUUUCCGAGAUUGUAUGCGGAACCAAGAAGCCCUUCGUCCAAGCAGUCACCGAUGUAAUCUCGCCCACGAACGAUUUUUUUAACGGACGCGUAAUCCUUAUCGGGGAUGCAUUGGCUGGCUUCCGACCGCAUACGGUAGCUAGUACCAGCCAGGCGUGCUUCGAUGCUAUGAUCUUGGCAGACAUGAUCGCAGGUGGGGUCAGUAGGAAAGAGUGGAAGAAGCAGACCCUUGGGUAUGCACGGACGGUUCAGAAGAGGGGUGUGGAUAUGGGGGAGAGAAGCCAGCAUCAAGACCUACCACUGAAGGAGCAUAUACACGAUCGCAACCUUGCGAGUAAACCUAGAGAAGAGGAGGUUUGGCCAGAGUGGGCGAUAAGCGACGUGUUGUGAUAAAGCCGCUUCCGUAGUUUGAGUGCAACAAAUCCAAUCAUGCUCAAAUGGGGUUUACUGCCUGGCUAUAGGUGGUGAAAGUGUCUUCCCCAAACAUUGACUACG